GGCGCGACCCGCCCCUGUGCGGAGCCCGGCCCUCGCCCGCGGGUGCGCUGCGGCUCCCGGCGGCGCGUCCCGCGGCUGCGGGCGGGUGAGCGGCGGGUCUGGCCGCGGCCGGGCUGUCAGCUCGUACCCGGCUUCGCCGCUGUCCUCCCUGCCAAGGGGCUGAGCUCGCGGCUGGCGUGAGAGCCCCGCUCAGGCUGUCGCCUGCCGCCCUGGAUGUUAAGGGUAAUCUAUGUGAGGACCACUGUAUAUUGCAGCAUUCUAAUAGAAUCUGUGUCAUCACGCUGGCAGAAGCUCAUCCUCUUCUUCAAAAUGGAAAAACAAUUAAGAGUAUUAAUUACCAAAUCAGUGCCAACUGCAGUAGACUUCAAAAUAAAGUCUCUGGAAAGUCAAAGCGGAAUAUCUUGUUCAGAUGGAGAAGAAUAUACUAUAUAUAGUUGUAUAAGAGGGCGGUUGAUGGAAGUUAAUGAAAACAUUCUGGAUAAUCCAGCUAUUCUACAAGAAAAGCCAUCUACUGAGGGAUACAUUGCAGUUGUACUACCCAAAUUUGAAGAAAGUAAGACCAUAACUCAAGGACUUCUGACACAGAAGGAAUAUGAAGAAGUUUUGUUGAAACGUUUUAAUUCCACUUCAUGAAGCUCUAUAUUUAACUGAAUACAUAAAUGUCUGAACUACACUGUGAGUAGCUUCAGAAUUAAGUAUUGCAUAGAUAACACUUGUAAUCAUCUACUUCCAGUAUAUCCCAUAGUUGUAACAUGAAAGAGUUGUAAAAUUGUACAGACUUAAUGUAGGGGACUGGAAAUUAGUUGUUUGUUGUUUUUUAAACAAGUGAUCAGUAAACAGUCAUCAUUUUAUUUCAUACAGAAAUAAACAGUUUAAACAUUUAA